UAUUGCUUGCGUCGGUUACGCGCCUGCGCUGCUGAACAGUACCCGGAUGACGUGGUGUGUGUGACGUAAAGAAGAUGGCAGCGGUGUUUAUCUCAUUGCACUGAUCGCAGAAAUGAAGAAGAGUCAUUUAUAUUCCACGCAACUUAUCUUCAGCACGGAUUAUAUUCAUAUCUGGCUAUUCUUCUGAUUUUUCCGAUUUUUGUUGUGGUGGGAAGAACCACAUUUUGAAGAUAAUUUAAUAUAAACAUGUCUGCCCAAGUGGACACCGUGGAGAGAAGUGAGUCGAGUACAAAGAGCAGAAGCAGUUCUCAGAGCAGAGGAAGAGAAAACGAAAACCGGAAACGAGCGAGAAGCCGAAGCAGAUCGUCUUCCAGCUCUUCAUCUUCCUCCUCAUCAACAUCCUCUUCUUCACAGUCUUCGUCCAGCAGUUCAUCAUCACGUAGUAACUCCAGCUCUAAUAGCUCAGAUUCUUGCAAAAAACAAAGAAAGUCUUCAAAGAAAAGGAAAGAGAGACAUGGAAAAAAGAAAGGAAAAAAAGAGAAGACCCGUAAGCGGAAGAAGGAAAGGGGACACAAAGGGCAGGACGACAGCUCUGGACCUGUUCAAAUUUCAAAGUAUCUUAAGGAAAAGAACAAAUCUGGCAAAUACAGUAUGAUUUCAGGGAAAAAGAUUAAAAUGAAACUGAAAAAAUCAAAGAAGGACAAGCAGAGGGACAAAAACCGAGCCGAACUGCUGGAGUUCUUAAACUCCACUUUCUGAUUCAGUCCAGACCUGGAGCUGCAGAAACAGACAAGCUUUUUCUUUCUUUCUUUUUUUCAUUAUUCACCUGACCACCACUCAGGGAAAGACCAUUUUCAACUAUUAAUGUUGUUGCCUGAUGUUAUACGUUGACAAAUCCUUACCAUAAACACCAUGUGGAUGGUUGUUGUCCUCCUUUUUUUUUUUUUUUUAACAUAUAAAUCCAGUCUGUGUCCUGAAAUACUUAUAUUUUGUCUAAUUAACUAUACCUUCUGAGAACUGUAGCAUGGAUGUUACAUGUUACUGAAAUUGUAAAAAAAAAAAUUUCUUUGUAUUCUCAUACUAAAACUGCAAACCUCAAGUACAUAACAGAAUCAGUUCAAAUUUCUUAGGAAUUUUUCAGAAAGAUUUAAAUCAUUUAUGAACAGUUUUUGCUGAUUCGCCAGCAACUUUCGUCAUGAAGGUUGUAUAUCUAUUUAAAAAAAACAAGUUCAAAUUUGAAACAAUAUUGUAGUGGUGUUGUUCUAGUGGUGUUUCUUGUUAUCUCAUGAUAAUCUGUGUAUUUGCUUGGUUGAGCCGAAUGCAGAGGCACCACUAGCAGGUAGUUAAAAGCUCAUCAUCUGCCUUUGUGAGUCACGUGCAUCUGACUGUGCUGAUAACAAUACUGUUAAAUAAAUUUCCAGUUUGUGUCCUUUA